AUGGAAACUACAAUGUCCAGACCAGUCCUGUCUCCAGCCUGCAUCGAUGCUACAGCUUCUGAAACAUUCACGGUACUUCAGCAAAGGAUGAGAAUAGUUGAGGAACAGACCAGUUCUCUCAGGGAUGACCUAACAAUAUUGGACUUUGGUGAAAAAGGCCACUUGGAAACUCCAAAAUGUUUAGAAGAGCCUGUGAGCCAGAACAUCAUUAGCCCUCUCCAGAAUGAAGUAAUUUGUUCAGGAAGAACAGAUAUUUUAUGGAAGAACUGUGAGUUUCUGGUAAAUCGAAUGUGCCGUCUGGAAAGCCUCAUCCAGUCCUUGAAGAUGAACAUCUUCCGUCUGCAAGCUGAAAAGGAUUUGAACCCACAGAAAACAAAUUUUCUGAAGGAAAGACUGAAUACAAUACAGGAGGAGCAUUCCAAGGAUCCGAAGCUAUUGCAACUGAGAGGUGUAAAAGAGAAAGAAGACAAGACACAAGAUGAGGUGCAGAGGUUGACUGUGACUCUGCAGCUUGCGUCAGAGACAAAGAAGAAUGCAGCCAUUAUUGAAGAGGAACAGAAGACCAUAGAACGUAAAAUGAACCUUAAAAUUCAGGAGCUAAGGAGACAGCUGUGUCAAGAGAAGCACUGAAGGGAAUCUCUUGAGACAUCUGGAUCAGCCGUGCUACUCAAAAUACAAGAAAUGGGAUCAACAGUGGAGGUGGAACGGAAACAGGUGCAAAUUUUGCAGCAAAACUGCAUUGCCCUACGCAGUUCUAUUCAGACCACCCAAGAACUACUGGCACGGGAGCGACAACAGAAGGGAGAGUUGGAGACCGCUAUGUCACAGCUCAAGUCUGAUCUAGUUUCUGGAGAGGACCUCACUUCCAAGUUGGUAGAAGAAAAUAAGAAUAUACAGAUGUCUUUCAACAAGGAACAUGAAGAAAGUGCAUAUUUGAGGUCUGAAAUAAUAUCCCUUCAUGAAGCAUCAGAAAAAGCACAGGUUUUGAAUGACCAACUGACUAGAAAGUGUUCAGAGCUGAACAGAAUGCUUCAGACUGUUAGAAUGGAAACUACCAGAAUCAUUGCUGACCACCAAGCCAUUCUGCAGGAAGAACAGAAAAUGAUGACAUAGACAUUUCAAGAACAAAACCUACUGCUGGAUGCAGCCCAUGCCGGUAUCACAAGUGAGCUACAGACUGUUCAAAAUGAGAAAACACAACUCCAAAUGCAUCUGGACCAUUUAGUCCUUGAGCAUAACCAGUGUAUCCAGAAAGCACAGGAUGCUGAGAAGAGGGCAGCUGUGCAAAAGGAGCUGCUAGAAGCAACUAUUGCAAAAUUGCGAGGUGAACUGGAAGCAUCAAUGCAAGAGAAGACCUGUCUGCUAGAGGAGAAAGAAGGACUUCAGAGAGAGGUUAAUAAAACCGAGAACGAAAUAGCAGAAGAAAAAUGCAACUUGGAAAAGGAAUUAGCUAAAAGCAAGAAUUGUUUUUUUAUUCUUCUGCUUUACCUCUUGAUAAAAGUUAAGCAGCUAAAAGAACAACUACAUUCUUUUACUGAAACCAGUUCACAGAAUGACCAUCUACCCAAGUUGAAUAAGGCACUGGAGGGCAAAUGUGCUCAGGUGAAAUCCAUUCGUGAAAAGAAUGAAGGGGAGCUCUCUCGAGUUGUGAAGAGUCGUGCUGCAGCCCUGAAAGAGAGUCGGAAGUUGAAAGGUGACCUCGAAGCUUUGGAGGACAGGGAGACCAAGAAGGUGGGAAACUUUCAGCAACAACUGGCAGAAGCUAACGAAGACAGCUGCAAAGUUACAGUCAUGUUGGAGAAUGUGCUGGCUUCUCACAUUAAGAAGCAAGGCGAUCUGGAAAAAGUGCAACUAGAGCUUGGACGGAGGGAUUCAGAGAUUGCCGACCUCAAGAAAGAAAGGGCUCUAAAUCAACAGCGGGUACAGAAGCUGGACGCGGAAGUGGAACAGUGGCAGGCCAGAAUCCUUGUCAUGGAUGCCCAGCACAACAGUGAGGUGGAGCUUCUACAAAAAGCUCUAGAUGUAGGUAGAGAAGACAACAGGAAACUGGCUAUGCGCCUGGAGCAAGCUCUCCAGACAAAUAAUCAUCUGCAAACAAAGCUUGAUCAUCAUGUUCAAGAGAAAUUGGAAAAGAAAGAACUUGAGCGACAGUAUUUGGAAACCUUCAAAGAACGGAUGAAUGAAGUAUCCAAAAUAGAAGCAGAAUCGCAUGCUGAACGCAUAGAUGCUCUAAGAAAGCAGUUUCAAAUUGAGAGAGAAACUGCAAAGAAAGCAGCACAACGAGAAGUGACUGAGCUGAAGAAAGCCCUUGAUGAAGCCAACUGCAGAUCAGUGGAAGUAUCCCGGACCAACCGAGAGCUGCGGCAGCAACUUACCGAAUUGGAAAAGACACUGGACAGCAACAAGGAGAAAAUAAAGAAUCAAAAGGCCCAAAUUAAGCUCUACUUGUCAGCUAAGGCGAAUAAUGCUCAGAAUAUAGAGAGGAUGAAGCAAAUAGAAACAGAAUUGAGGCAAAUGGAGCUAAUUAAGGAUCACUAUCAGAAAGAAAACUAUGAACAGUCACUGAGUAUCCAGAAAUUUGUAUCUGAAAUGACUAACCUACGGAAGGAGAUGCAGCUGUUGGCCAAGAGCCAAUAUGAUAUGUCAGCUCGGAAUAAACAGCAAGAGCUGCAGCUCGAGGCAGAGUGGAAGAGGAGGCGGGAGCUGGAGCAUCGGUGCCAGGAAUUGGAAGAAAGUAAUAGACACCUGAAGAAAUGUAAAGAGGCAACAGAGAAUAAACUGAAAGAAGCUAGUGUGGAAUCAGAACAGAUAACAGCUAACCCGGAAGAAGCUCGGCGCUGGUUUAAGUGCAAACUCGAUGACCUACAGCUUGAGCUGACCAAAAACCGGUUGCAGAGGGAAGACAGGUGGCAGGAAGAGGACCAAGAUAAAAGGCACAACAGCAUAUCCAAUCAGUCUGCUCUACAUGGAUGGGAGAAUAAACAGAAACUUAGAUUUGUGCCUAAGAAGUGUCAUUUUGAACUAAAGAGAAAGUGACGUCCUUGACAGAGGAGCUUCUUCACUUAGAACAGCUACGUCACCCUGAUUCCCUGAGCCCAGCAACUAGGGCUGGGCUGUUUCCACCGUCAUCAGGACAUGAACUCUUUGAUGUGGACUGAAGAUUUUGGACCUGAAUUUAUCCUUUUAUGAAUUCUUUGAUAUCAGUAGAGAACCACCCCAUCUUUUUUGUCCCUUUCCCCAUUUUCCACCCAAUAAAUUUAUAUUAGUGUGUUGUAUGA